AUGUCGAUGCCUAAAAACACUUAUGUUUCAACUCCUGUUCACCUCGAAAAUUUAUGGGAAAUUUUUAAAAAAGAUCCAUUUUCGGAUCAAUCAAUUGAUUUUGCUCGAAUACUUGCGGCAUAUUAUCUUGAUUUUCCCUUAGUUGCACCAAAAAUUCCAGGCUCACUUCCUUCGCUUUAUGAAUGGCCAAAAUCAUCGUCAGACAUUAAUUUGGAUGAAAUCGUGCUGUUGAAGCGAGUUGACAUUGCAAAAACAAUAUCGACCAUAUGUGACGAGCGUACACCGCCGGUGCUUCUGUGGGCUUGCGGUCAUCACAUUGAGGCUAUUUAUUAUUGCGAUCAAUUUCGUGACCUUAAAUCACAAGCAAUGCUACGCUUCCUGGAGGAACAGUUAUCAGGACUCAAGCUCCUGCAAAUGUUUUGUGAAGGGCGCAUUGAAAUGGCGUUCAACGAACUUGAUAGCUUAGGAGAGAUAACAGAAUAUGGAAGCAUGCAAAAUAUGCAACUUUCAUGGGGGAAAUUAGCAGAUUCAUUAGUUCAAAUGGAUGCGAUCGCGGAGACACAAACGGUGAAUUUGCUGCUCGAUCGAAUAUUGACAAAAAUGUAUAGUAUACAUGAGAUGAUGCCUUUAUUUGUGAAUGCUGACAUACCGCUACCGCGACCUCCUGUUUAUAUGUGUACAGCUGUUCUCGGUUUCGGUGAGGAGCAGUAUUGCUAUGUCCGUUUAUGGAUUCUUAUCCAAGCCUACGUACGCUUGUUAUCCGACGCAAACGUACUGCUCAUUUGUAUAGAACAUUUUUGUUUGAAAUUCUUGGAAAUUAAUGGCAAAUGUGAAAAUCAAUUGAAACAAGUAAGUAUGAAGUAUUACAAUUUACUGAAAGGAGAAGUGAACGAUGACGAUGAUUUAUUAGUCAAAUGGAUGAGGGAAGCUGAUCAGAGUGAUUUUGAACAGUUAAAUCAUUUGUUCGAUUAUCUUUCUACUUUUCGUUCACCAUUUGCUCACAUGAGUGAAUUUUGUCCUGAAAAUAUUAUGUGUUGGCGAAAUCAUUUGCUCAAAGAAGUGAUACUUCAAGAAGGUAUAAGCAGAAAUGAAAUGCAACAAGAUCUGCAAAUAAAUACAGUUAGGACAAAGGUAUCAGACGGGGUAUUGAUAAGGGCGGAAUACAUAGCAAGCUGUUGGUCUUAUCCGACAUAUGUUGCUGAUGAAGGGCUGUUAGCAAUGAAUUUGAAGUUAUGUCCCUCUGAUUUUGUUUGUGGUACUACCCCGAGCAUUGCUGCUUCAUUGAAGCGCAUGCCGAGAAUCGAAGUCCCAGCAAGGAUAUGCCAUCAUUCAUCCUUUGAUAUUCGACCUUACACUCAGCGUCCUUUCACAAUCACCUCACGUUCUUUCCCAACGGUUACACGCCAUUUCAAAUGCAAGGAUAAAUCAGAUGUUGACAGAAUAGAUUCUUGGAGGAAACUUGAUAGAGCGAUGCAAAAAGUGAAUGUUAUGAUCGAUGAAGUGGAAGAGGAGCUCCGAAGUACCUCCUCAUACGUAAAAGCUCUACUGAACAUUAGACCAAAAGCAUUCCCUGAAAAGGGAACAAACAACAGUGGGAGCGAUCGGAUGUCAUUUUCUGACUUCAGCAGCUUAUCAAGCCAGAAGUCUGAAACAUCAUCCGUUAUUGAACAAUGCAAGUUCAUCAAUAAUGAUCGUUAUUCACUCGAUUCAAACCGUGAACCGGAAUGCCAUUCAGAAAUAGAAAAGCUAAAUUUUGAUUUGCUAUCCCCUCAGCCUACUGUUCGCAAUAGGGCUGUAGUCAAUAUCAUGUCAGCAUCGGCACCAAACGCUUCAGUGAUAUCUCCAGUUGUACCGAAUUCACAACACUCGGUCAACACACCAUCACCUUUGCCAGUGUGGUUGAAGCUGCUACCGGUUAAACAAAAAAAUUUUCUCCUAUCGCUUACCCCAAUGAUCAACCAAACAAAAGAAAUGAGGGGAGAUGGCGGUGUUCCGGAAAUCCAACUAUCACAAAUGAAGUUGUUAGAGGCGAUGGGUGAAAGAAAACAAUUACCGUCAAAUAAUUUGAAAUUUGAACUCGUUACGACUAUUGCUUCCACUCAACUAUGUGAUUAG